UGCGCCUAUCCCGUUUUUAUAGAUACGCAAACGCCAAGAGGUUAGGACCUCGGAGGUGGCGAAAAAUAGUUUUCGGACCGGUCCAAAGAGACACAGCUCCCACCGGAGGAUGCUGUGUCCUGACAUUCCGUCGUCGCAUACAUCAUUCAUCAGAGGCACUUUGGGUGCAGCCAUGGCGGCGCCCCUUGCACAUUUCGAUGACGAGUGGCACGAUUUUAAGGAAUUUGAGCCGGUCUCAGAGCAGGGGACUCGGAUGGACGGAGUAAACUUGGUUGCCGAGCAGUUGACAGGCGUUCUGAGGGUCCUUCCAGAGCUCAACGACAGCUUUUCGGGCGAAAUAGGCAGCUUCAAGUCCAUGGAAGAGCUGGUGAACGAUUUCGACGAGAGAUUGACAGUGUGUUUCCGAAAUUUCAACACCCAAACGGAGAACAUUGCCCCUGUAAACAUUAUCACCGAGGAUACAACGUUGAGGAACGACGAGAUCUGGAAUGCUCUCGCAGAUAAUUAUGGUAAUGUCAUGGCAGUGGAUUGGAAAGAGUCUCGAACACGCUCCCUCCAUCUCCCCGCUCUAAACCUCAAAGACAAACCAAGGGUGGAUGAUGUAACACUGGAGCUGUCCGACGAUGAGCUGAGGGAACAGAUGGACAUGCACACCAUCAUCGUCUCCUGCCUCAAUGACGAACCCCUCUUCACUGCAGAACAGGUUAUUGAGGAGAUAGAGGAGAUGAUGCAGGACUCUCCUGACCUGGGGGCAGAGCAGAACCACCCCUCUCAGUCAGACCUCGCCAUGCUCUCUCUGGACAUCCAGCGCCCCAGAACAAACCACAGCUAUGACGAGCGAGAGAGGACCCUGUGUGUAGCAGAGCUGAAUGAGCGGCUAGAGGAGGUGGAGAUGGCCAUCAGACAUUACGGUGAGGAGCUGAUUCAACACCUGGCCCUCAGGGACGAGCUGGACUUUGAAAAAGAGGUGAAGAACAGCUUCAUCUCUAUCCUGAUAGAUGUGCAGAACAGACAGAAGGAACACAGGGAACUACUGAAGAAAAAGAAAAAACUCAAGAGUGGUGCCGGGGCCCCGCAGGGCCGACCAGAGAGAACACAAGCACUAGGAUCAGUGAGUGACACCAUCCAUGCUCGCUUUAGCAUGGUGGGGCUCUCGUCUACCAUUCAAAAUGGCUUCCGGCAAACUUUUGGGAGAAGUGGGAGUGAAAGACAGUAUCUGACCACAGUCAUCCCAUAUGAGAAGAAAGGAGGGCCUCCAUCGGUGGAAGAUCUUCAGAUCCUUACCCAAAUCCUGCAAGCUAUGAGAGACGACAGUGACAAGGUGCCCAGGCUUCUGACAGACUACAUUCUCAAAGUGCUUUGCCCAACAUAGGCUGGAAGGACGAUAACGGACCUUUUGGAAACGAGGUGAGGGGUCUGGUUUCAAUGUCAACAAGCAAAAUGAAGAGGACUCAGUCCGUGAAUAAAAAAUAAAAACAUAAACACACUUCAUUUAUUCUUUAUAAAGCAUGGUAUUUUACCUCGAGUUGCUCCUUUUUGUGUAACACCCAUAGGUGUUUUAUACCUCAAUCAGUUUUAUUUUCUCUGUGUUGAACAUUUGUGAUUUCACAAACCUUGUGUAUUUGACAACUUCAAGUAUUGUCUUGUUGUUUUUACAGUGCAGUGUCAAAUACAGUACUCAAAGUCAUAAGAAAGAUACUCAUACAUUCUACUGGAGCAUCUACUGUAUGUGGCUGAUUUCAACAGCCUUUUUGGGCGAUAAGGGGCCCUUACUUUUUUGGCCCUGAAGUAAGAUCGAAGCUACUCAUAUCCAAAGGGUUGUGUCUUAAUUUGAUUCACCUAAUCUGAAGGUCUCAUAAACGACUGAGCACUUGUAAUAUCAGGGAUAUGAAAUAUCAGGGAUAUGAAACAUUUUAGAUUGGUUUAACAUUUCAUUAAUAAAAUAAACCUUGAGCUGAAUACUAACAUUAUUCUACACAACUCAGUCCACCAUUUGGCCUCCCUAAAAGCACUGCACAUAUAUAUUUUUUGUCAUAGCUAAAUACUGUAGUAGUACCAUUGUUGUCAUACUUAGAAGGAAUUGCAAAGGUAAUGUGAACAGAACUGUAAUUAAUUACAGAGCACUGAUGUGACUACUAGCUAUGCAUUUGAGUAAAUACUGACUCACUGAAGCCCUGAAUCAGAGGCACCAUGCAGCCCAGACCUGGCCAGUCUAUGAAGGCUGUGCACACAAGCUGGGCAUUAUUAUACUUCUAUACACAAGAAAUGAAGAUGCCUUUUUAUUUGCACUUUUUUUUUGUACAUUUGUAAAUGACUUAUUUUUAACCAAAUGUUAUUAUACUGAGCUACUUAUCUGCUAAAUGUAUAAAGGUCAAUGGUAAACCCAA